CGAUCCAGUCGGUAGAAUAGUUCGAAGCCAACUUCAUGGGUGGCGCUCGCUCCGCGAUCCCUAGAAUCUCGUUUUAAUUUUUUCUUCCCCGGGCAGCGCGUUUCCCUAGGCCCCGUCGAGGCGGACCCAGGUGCCCGGCGUCCGCCAGUCGCCUGUUGCUAGGCCUGCAAGCAGCGGGGUUGAGACUUGGCCGCGUGGCCGCUGGGGCGGCGGUGCUUCGUCCCACUUUAUUUUUGUUGUUCCUUCCUUUCGUUUUUCCUUUUUGACUUUGGUUUUCUUGGGGCGUCACCGAUGUCCGUUUCCCAAUCUCGGCGACGUCGUCCUGGAUUUUUUUUGUGCAUCGCUCUACGCAAGUGACAAUGCAAAAACAGUUCGACCGGUGAAAGCCGCUUCUGCUACGCCGGCUGGCACCGGCCCGGAUCGUCUGCUACACCAAGCUGCGCGCGUCGUCUGCUUCGAGCCAACGGAAGGAAAGAAAGCAGAUAGAACAGCGCGUCGCAUGCGCUCAGGCCGGGAAAGAGCUUUCUCCCGAACUGGUGACGUAACCAAGGGUGAUGUGACCUGAGAUCCUCGUGGGCGCUGUGAGUGUUUUCGUGCGUGCGCCUCCUCGUGAUCGGCGUUGUUUUCGAUGUCGCAGUAGCUGUGUCGGGAAGCGACGCAACUGUUCUUUGUGGGCGCUCUAGGCAUUCGCUGCUCCGCAAAAGUUGGGCAGCGAAGAAAUCAACGAAUCCGAGACGGCCGUUGCAAGGUGCAACGCAGUGAUUCUCGAUCCGACUGAAGUGGUGCGCGAAAACAAAAUAAAAGAGAUAUACACACAUAUGUAGUGCGCGGUUCGGUCGGGCCUGGAUUACGACGCCGGACGGAUUUCCUUGCGAGUUGCAUUGAGAAGAGGCAUCCGAAAGACAUCGACGAGCUUGUGUUAGUGCAGCUUGUGGAAUUGCCCUGCAACUGAGCCAGGCUACUCGGCAUCUGCAGUCUUGUGCGGUUAACAAGGGCUUGGAUCACAGGAGAGCGGUGAUCGCGACCAUGUCGUCCAACCCAGCCAGCCGUGCGACCAUUUCGACGACGCGUGAGGGAGUCUGACGUCAGCGGGGAUUCCACCCAGAGGAUCUGGGCGCCACAAGAUCUGCCGCCCUCUGUCGGUGAAUCAGCGAACCACACAGACAGAGGAGGGCGAGGAAGAAGCGGAGCGCAGUGGCUGACACCGGGUGGGCCGGGCCGUGGGUUGCCCAGAGGGCGUCUUCCUGUUUGUCCUCGACGCUGCGAUGUUCUUGGGGUUCCGCGGCCAGGCUCGCUGAUGGCCCGUUCGCAUGGCGGGCUUCACGAAGCACCUCAGCACGCACGUCUACUUCCACAUGGACCGGACGGGUGCGUCUUCCUCCUCGUCCGCAGCGGCCCCGGCGAGCAGCAGCAUGACCGGCAAGAAGCCCUCGGGCAGCCCGCGGCUGCACGGCACGGACUCGGGGGCGGCGCCAGCCUCGCGCCGGUCGCGAGACACCGCCACCCGGACGCGAACGAGGAGCGAGGCCACCGAACCGUGCAUCAUGCCCUCCUCCGUGGCGCCGUCCCGCUACGACCCGACGAGUGCGGACUGGGACGAGUUCGACUACUUCUGCCAGAGCCCGUACCUGCUGUCCGUGAACGAGCCGCCGCCGACCAGGGAACGGUUCAAGCGCCGCCUCUUCCGGCGCUCGCAGAAGUACUCCGACCCACCGUCCGCGGGGCCGGGAUCCCAGCGGCACCUCGACCAGCCGCCGCCCCAGACGAGCGCCGAGAGACUACGGUGCAGCAGCCGGAGCACCGAGACGAUGCUCGACUGGCAGCAGCCCGGGUCGGCGGCCAGGCGCCAGGGUUCGAGCCGGCGCUCUGCCGCCGCGCCCAACUCGUCCGGCUCUGUCGUCCCGGGUUCGCAGCGGUCCCUGCUGAGCGACCCCGACGAAGACGAGUUCGGAGCCGCCGACGAGCCUGCCUCGCCGCCGCUGCCUCCGCCGCUCCCGCGGGCGCCGCCGCCCUACGAGCGACAGCAGCAGCAGCAGCAGCAGAUGCCCGACUGCGUCAUCAUUUCCUCGCGGACCAUGGACCGUUUCCUGCCCUCCUUCGGACAGGACGUAUGCGAAAGCGGGCAGUUCGCGGGCUCGGCGGGCAGCGGCGGCACGACGUCGCCCCGCCUGUCUUCCUCGGUCGGCUCGGUGUCCGUGGAAGUGUCCGAGACGACCAACCGCAUCGUGGUGGACUUCUGCGAGAACGCGGGCUUCACGUGCCACGACCUGCCCUCGCCCACCACGGAGCUGUCGCCCAUGCCUCGCGACUGGAUCGCCAUGCAACUGGGGAGGCAGCGGCAGGCGUUCGCCUGGCUGCAGCAGUCUUCCUCCUCCCGAUGCGUGCUGGAGGGACUGCUGCUGAUGAACGUCGAAAGGAACAGUCAGUUCCCGUUCGUGACAUACCUGGUGUGCGACGCGGCUCGUUGCGACCCGCUGCGGCUAAUCAUGCAAAUGGAGAGCCACCACGAUGCUGGUCCCGAGGGAGAACGGCUACACCACACAGCCGUCUACGACGAAGUGGCCACCAUCGCCAGGCCUCCCGUGGACGGGGUGCCGCGGAAGCCAAGCUCGAGCAAGACGGGCUACAUCCUCUCGGCCUUCCGGGUCUUUCCGGGCGAGGACCGAGAGAAGCUCGACCGAUCCUGGCUGCUGUGGACGGGCGCGCGCCAGAUCUACCGGCGCCUCCCUCCACACCUCGGCCUGCGCCGCAUCACCUUCCACAAGAAGAUCUGCCCGCAGGACCACGGCAUCACGUACGUGCUGCUCUGCGAGUGCCCGACGCUCAUGGACUACGUCUCCGAGGCGUGCGUGCUCGUCGACCAGCUACGGGCACGGUGCUGCGGUUACACGGCGCUGUACAGGGUUGUCGACUCCUUCUGAAGGACAGCGCCGACGCUGACUGUGGUGUCACCGUGCGCGGGUACUGAAUCCUGCUCUGCCCUCGGCGGCUGAAGCGGCCCUGCUAUUCAUGCAGCGGCUCUGAAAAAAAAAAGCUGCCGAGUGUCGAAUGCGCUUGCAUUCAUCGCAUUCUACGGGAGAUUUCGACCGUUGGAGAGGAAGCGGAAUAUCCACCACCGCCUCCGUUCAGAUGAUGGACGGAGUCGUGGGGGAAACCACCGACAACGCAACCUCUGAAGCACUGUUGGGAUGAACGGAUUCAUUUUGUGAACUCCAGUCGCUGCAGGUGCCUUGCGCAAACAUUGUUGACAAAAAAAAAACGCUAUUUCAAUUUAAAACGACAGAAUGACCGUUACUUUUGAAAUCCACGUUACUUUCAAAUCCCCGAAUCUUUUCACCAUGUAGGGUACAUUUGAGAUCGCAGUGGAAAUAUUAUCAGCAGGGCAUUUUUUCGUGGAAUAUGGUACAGCACACGUUGAAAAUUUGUCAGUAGCCUCGUUCCUGUUACAGGUGAUCUAGCUGUGAGUGCAAACUGUAGACAUGGCAGCGAAUGGUGUAAAUUCGAAGCCCGACAGCAAAGCUGCCUUACCAAAGAGCGCGUCAAGCAGGUAUGUCCGAGGCAGCUGCCGCAUCUGCUCACGUCGGUGUAAGAUUAGACGACAAUGAGUGCAACACCGGCGUGUACAGGAGGUUUGGCUGCUCAACAGUUUGGCCGCUCUAGGAAAUGCUGCUAUAGGACCACCAAAUCAUGGUUAAGAUGACGCUCUAUGAUGAUUCUUGAGGACGUUACACAGUAGUUUGGAGAGCAUUGACUUUGCAUAGCGCAGGCGUUAUUAAGGAAGUGGUAUAAGCAUUUACACUUCACACGACAAACCAUAGAUUGUGGCGAAAGGCACAUAGAGCGUCAUUGCAGCUGCUCUUUUAAGCACCUGUUUCGGUUAGAUCUGGCACCAGCGAGUGCCAUGGACAUUGUCCUCUUGACUGUGUUUGACAUAGUUCUAGAUGCCUGCUUUUCCUAGCGAUUGAAGUGCAAGUGGUUCACGGGAUCAGUGCCAACACAUGAACUGCAGUGUGCGUUCAUCCUGUUACGAAUCUCGUGCUUCGGCGAAGCUGUGCAAGUUUGAACCAAAGGCUAUUGCAGCCACAGCGUGGGUGCCUUCUGCAUGUUGCCUCAAUGUAACGGGCCGUAAUCCUUGUUUAAAAAACGUGCACUGCAUGCCUCUGACAUAGCGACAGCUUCAUAGGGCGUAGCUUAUCGUCGCGCGUUUUGUGUUUUAUUUUCACAUUUUCUUUUCUUUUUUAGAUAGGACAUACCCAUUUGAAAUGCUGGUUUAAUACUUUCACUCAUGACUGUUAAUUCGUUGUUUGCAUUGACUUCUCACGGCAGUCUGAUAAGAAAGUCCUGAAAGAAUAUUUCACUAAUGGGAGAAAGAGGAAUUUGUGUACAGAAAACCUGCAUGUGAAAGCCACGUUUGAGUUUUGCUUUCUUAUGACGUGCAGUACUAUUCUCUAAACGCGACCAAUGUGACAGGAUUUUUAUGGCUGUACGCGACUUUCGUCGAGCAAUUUGCGCUCAUGGAAACAUGAACCAGUGUUUUGACGUUACAAAUAUAAAUAUCACAGUCAUUCACACCGAAAAUGCUCAGGGUUAGAAGGUUCGAGAAAGCAUGUAAAUGCUUGCAAUUGUACGCCUAAUACUCGCAAUUCAAAUGUCUUGCAAAGCACCUAGGGCCACAUAACAAUAUAACAUCGUCAUAUGAUGUCACAACGGACGCUGUGUCUCCUUCCUCAAAUGACACAAACGACUAAAAUUGCAGCAAGCCUGCUUUCUGCACGACCCAUAAGGUUUAGGCACGUGACAAACCGUAGCUUUUGUUGAGUCCCCGUAAGAAUCCCGUAGAGCUUCGACUCUUCACAAAUAUCAUUUUCAUCACAACACUUAAACUGCAUAGGUGACUGACGGAGCUAGCAAAUGUGCCGUGGGUACGUACACUGAACAGCCUAUUUGUGAAGAGAAAGUAACUGAGCUCAGAUGGCAUCCAGGCUAUUGAUAUGAACACUAAUUUUAGCAGAACGACAUUUCUUCAAGAACUGGCUUUAUUGUGGCUUUCUUGGGCAGAAAAUUGUGACAGGUUCAGUUAUGAAUAUAUCCACACCAAAGGAAAGCUACAACUAAAUUCGUACUGCUGCGUUCUCAUCCAUAACCAUCUGUCAGCAGAAAAUUACGCUUUGUGUUGGCAUAUUUUUUUUUUGUAUUUCUGUGACUUUUAUGAGAACAAGCCGAUCGCUUUAAUAUUAAAGGGAACAUCAGACAUCCACCCGUUCGUAGCAACUGAUACAAAGGAAACCCAUACGGGUUCCUCGAAGGAAAACCUCGCCGUUGAAGAAAAAUUCGUCCUGGUCCGGGACUCGGACCCGGGACCACCGCAUUUCCGCGGCAGCCGCUCUACCAUCUGAGCUAAGCAGGCGGCGAGCAGAUGGCAGGGCGAAGUCGAGUUUGUCAGCAACUCGAAGCAACGGCAAGAGUUUGACGUAGUAGUUCUGCGGAAACCUGAAAAGUGGAGACAAGUAAAAUAUUGAAGAGAAAAUCAGGCAUCCACCCGUUCGUAGUAACUGCUACAAAGGGUUCCUAGAAAAAAAAUUCGCCCUGCCAUCGCCCUGCCAUCUGCUGGCCGCCUGGUUAGCUCAGAUGAUAGAGCGGCUGACCCAGAAAGGUAGUGAGCUCGGGUUCGAGUCCCUGACCAGGACGAAUUUUUCUUCAACUCCGAGGUGUUCUUUCGAGGAACUCGUAUGGGUUUCCUUUGUAGCAGUUGCUACGAACGGGUGGCUGUCUCAUUUACCUUUUAAUAUUUUACCUUUGUCCACCUUGCGGGUUUCCGCCGAAUUUUUACGUCAGAUCGCUUUAAUACAUGACAUGAUUCUGACGGACAUGUUAUAAUGUAGCCUGCUGUUCAUAAUUGUUAAGAUGCUCGUACAAAAUUGUUUUCAUUAGUUCUCGCGUUAAGGAUUGAAAGUUGAAAUAAAUGACGUGGGUUCACAAUGGUCAAAUGAUGCCACGGACAAUGAGAUACUGGACACCGGAGUUCAGAGCGGGUACUUCUGUCCUGCGUGUCUUUGUCUGUAUUCGUUUAUAUUCUAGGGUACCAUUGCAUCAGUAUAGUUCUGGCGUAAAAAAAAAAGAUGCAGCGAAAAAUAACGCUCUCUUUGACCAAGUGCGUUAAUAACGUUAGACAGCCAUGCCGGUGUUCCGAAGGAUGAGCCAAGCGAGGAAGCUCAAAAUAAAGAAGUGUAGGGAGGAUAGUAAUAUUAUCAAGCAUAAAUUCCUUCUGAUGCCAAUGUUGAGAAAUACUUGCUUGUCGAGAAAGCUAUUCAAGUUUUUUCUAAGGACGCUAUAAAUACGUUUACUCUAAAUAAAUGUGAAUCGCCUCAGUACAGUCACUAGAAGUUGAAGUCAUUGAAAUCGUAAUAUACAUAGCAGAAAUACUCUACUUUUCCAGCUCAUGAAAUCAUGAAUGAUUAUGACGAUCUUUUUUUUUGGUUAUGUGAGGUUUUCCUAAGAUUGACUUGAAGCAGAAGCUUCAAUUUACACUAGCCACAUACCUCAAGACAGGGUGAGGUCAUCUUUCAGCGGCGUGCACUGAUAUGUUCACUCUGCAUAGUAAACGGGAAGAAUUCAAACAUACGGAACUGCCUUAGUUUCCUGUGAGGCUUAGUGGACUCCCACCAAUAACAUAAAAUGUGAACAGCUAAUUGCAGCCUGGAUGCCGGCACUCUUCCGCAUUGCUCACUCCGAAACAGCUGAGGUCAGAGACGGCGCACAAGAAUGAUGAAUGUAUAUUCCUCACACGUACUACAUCUUUCUUUGGUUCACGUCUUUUACGUUGUGCAGCAUGUACGUAGAUUGUGACAGUCACAGAUACGUCGUUGUUUGCUAUGCUAAAUCAGUGCUUGGCGUUCCCCGAAGCUUCAUCUAAGAAUGUAGGCGGCACCGUAAAGUACACGCUUUCAAGAAACAGAAGCCUCUAGAGCCUCCAUAGUGAGCCUCGGGCAUCUGCGCAUCGCAAAAUAGCGGCAGUUUGCACGUGGAACCCUUUGUGUAGCUUUGCAUUAGCAGAGUUUCUAUGGCCUUGCUCUGAGCUUCGUCACCCACUACCAAGAAUACCGGGCAGAGCUGCAGUAUCGAAUGCCUACGCAAAUAACGUAGUGGCUCAUUAAUCACAGUGCCCUCAUUGUAGUAGAAUGAGUCACGUGGUGCAAAUGAAUCACUGCUGGUAAAAUGCUCGUAAUAACUGUCCCACGUUUGGCCGAAACAAAACGGAAUAGCUGAAAUUUCAAGCAUUACGAAAGUGUUUUUCGAAUGAAUCGUUUUCCUCCUAUUGCGGUUCCUUACGUACCAUUACACUAUAUUUAUAGAGACAAAUUAGGUGAUAUUACGAAGUCUAAAAGUGCAGCUGAGUCCAAAGAUUAGGUCGAGAUGCUUCCGGUAUAGGUAAACUUCUGCAGCUCUGCCAUUCGAGGCCAUCCUGCUUCGCGCUUCUUGACACCCAUGUGCACAUGACGUAGCUGGGAUCAGACAACCAAUACGCAAAUCACACGCACCUUACUGUGUCCCCAACAUUUUUUUUCCUUUUGUAGCAUUUCUGUGCGUGAACAUUUUAGCUUUUCAUCCCAUUGUAGUAGCUUGUACAUUGCAGUGUUUAGACAUCGCCGCCAGUUCCUUCAUUUGCGGUAACAGCAACAAGCGUGACCUUGAUUUUACGAUGAUUCAUAAAACGUGCCUCUUAAGCUGAACACUGUACACGAUGCAUUGCUUAGUCAGAGAUUGGGUGCUUCGUUUAAGUUGGUAUGGGGCUAUUGAAGGCUGUCACAAAUUAUUCCCUGACCAGCCCAUCCAAUAUUUCAUAAUUACCGGUGGCCGGUAAUGUCAUAAUACACGGAGGACCACUUAUCCUAUUGACUUCGAACACGCAACAAAUGCAGAGUGACAGUGCGCACUGUUGCAUUUACGUGUUUACAAGUUUCGCACUAUGCAACGAAAGCUGAUUUUAAUUACGAAACGUCUCAAACUUUUAUAAAAUUUAUACGCUUUAUAGAAGGCGCCAGUGUGGAAUGUAGCCAUAAAAAUAGCGUAGGCAAACAGCAUGACAGUUGCUUUGAAACGCUUGACGUAUGGAGAGUGAGCAUCAGCGAAUGUUUUUUGUCUUGUGGAAAUUGAUGGAAUGUGUAUGUACGAAAAAAUGCAAGAAAACUACAUUUCACAAACUGUACAAACAAGGCAUUUCGUUAAGCGUAUAACUUCAUUUUUCAAACUAUUACACAAUAUAACGCGAUAAUUUUGAAUGUCGCAGCUGUAAUAACCCAUUAGCCGAUUCCUAACGACUGUAACAAGUUCACUUCUUCAACUUAAUCUAACUAACCUGAUAUUGUGAUCACAAUUAUUGGUUCGUUUUAAUUUUGGGUUGUUUACCAGCCACUAGCCGCAAGUAAAAGACAUUUGGCAGGUUUUAUGGUGUCCUCUUAACAUAAGCAAGUUUUCAUGGUUACCAAGGCUAUAAUUUGUUAUAGGCGCGAGCUCACGACACAUUGUUUCCUUCUAAACGGAAACACACAUGUUUUUUUUUUAUGUGCACCGAUCAACCAGCAGUGCACGUCAACCUAGUUAAACUACGAUGCAGCUUAUCGCCGAUUUAUCGACGCGCACGAGCUCAAGAAUAAAUGUCAACAGUAAAGUGUAUAUUCCUGAAAUGUCGUUCAGAUGUCGUUUUCAUUGUUGCAUUCUUAUAGUGACCUUUAUUUGAUGGUAGGCCAUGUUCAUAUCUCCAAGUGUUAUGUGGCUUAUGUUGCGUAGUGACCUCUUAGAAUUAAGGCGAUGAGAAAUAAUUUAUUAUCUCAGACAUAAAAAAAAAACUUCAACUACAUCCUUAAGAACAUGCUUUAUUUAAAGAAUUUAUUAUGCAGUUCUUGGUAUUCUUUCCUAUUCUGACGAGGCUCAAUUUCACGUCCAAUGUAACGCAGUUUAGUGUAAAGAUAAGACUAUUUUGUUUGAGUUACAGUGUUUAAAUUAAUGAUGAUGUGCAAACGCAUAGGAAUACGAAAGCAUACAAUCGGCCAAAAAGGUAAUUCCCUCCCUAAUAUGUUGCUGCUUUUCAUAGCUACUCUAGUAAAAUAUUUAAUUUGUACUAUAUUUUGGGCAAGUAAAAAUAAAGUCAUGGGCGUGUGUAGUUCUAAAAGAGAAGCGUACUGAGUGUACAUAAAGCAGUGUACGUGAAUCUGUGAAGUAUGUUCUUCGGCUGUGCAACAUGCGUUAAAGUUCGUCGUUGAUUUACGACUGUUUCGAGUUUAUUCCUGAACGGCUGUCAAUAUGCUAACUACUGUAUCUCACAAUGUGCUGUGUUAACGGUAAACACUGGUUUGAAAUGCAAAUAUGGUUUGAGAUACAAAUAGAUAACGUGCGGACCGAAAAAAGGAGGGUGAUGUCUCUGCUGAGUAAAUUGUGCUCCAUGCCCUCCCCAUGUGCCACGUCUUAUCUUAAAGCAGGCAACGUAUUCUCUUUCACUCAGGGAAGACAUCUUGAACGCCUAUAGCGACAUCAGUGAAGUCGCAAUCAUUUUUUUUUUUACAUUGUGUCGUGUCGUUUUAUAACGCUUAAGGCUGCAGGCGUGCUUGCAUGGCAACCCUACCUGAAAUAGACUCGUAUACUACAAGCGCAAUGGAAGCAAUGUUAGAGCGUUGCGAUGUUGCUUUCGUCUGCGAGCAGCGUAUUGUUUCGGAUAAGUCGUGCUGUCUUGCUUAAGUACGUGUGCGAUUGGAGUGCUAAGAGGCACCGUUCGAAAUGCUUUUGGAGAUUAGUAACAGGAGAAAUUCGAAAGAGCGAAGUAGUUUGCGUCGCACUUCUAACAGACUGGUUGAACCGGGUGCUUCUUGUUACCGUUAACAAGAGUUGAAAUAAAGAAAGGGCUGCGGCAUAUAUGUUUGGAGAUUGAGCUAAAUCGGUCAUUACGUGCAAAAGAAAUAAAUGCACACGAACUACUAAUUACCAUCUGUCCAGUAAUCAAAUUUUUAACAAAGCAGUUUAAGGUACAUACUGUAAUUUACGAAUUGAAGCCACUCGUUCCAUAAGGCAUGUCCAUUUGCAACAAAAGUGAAACUAGGGCCUGUUUUGAGAUACGCGCUCUGAAACGUAUGGUAAAAAAUGAACUGUUGUUUCACCUUCUGUUUCAGUAAAACUCAUUUUUAUGCGCUGAAGUUAAAAAUUAACUGGAACACCAACAUUUCGUCGCACACUUCGGGAAUGUAAUCGCCAAACUGGUUUCACCCUCAUAAUUGGUUUUAUUGGGGGAAUACUUAGGAAGUCAAUUCGUAAAUUGCAAUAUCUAUCAUGAAGUGUUUCUGUUGAAAGGUAAUUGGGAAGGUUACUGUAAGAAGUCAAUUAUUUAUUUCGAUUUCUCGUUAAACUAAUGUGCGCCUUUUAGAGUAAUCAAGCUCGAGACACACAGAGUAAUGCUACAUGAAACGGCAGAUUUAAAAACUCUCGUUAAGAAGCUUUAAAAUACAUGAUGUAUCUGGAGUGGUAUAGGCAGGGUUCCCCUGCAAUCGUGCAGUCAAGCUAUGUGUAAAAGAGGUGGAAGAAAUACGGAAAACGCCCGCGGAGGGGAAUAUGCGUGUCAAUUUCAGUGCAUAAGAGAUUGUGUAAAUGUCGCAGGAAAACUUCAGUAGGAUUUAAAUUUUGUGCGUAAUGUAGACAUAAUCCUGCUGCACGGUAAUCGUCAUUCUUCCACUGUCUUUUGCACAAUGCAAGUUGUGAUACGCAAUGUAUAUUUGUGUACGUUCCUUUCUUCAAUCUGCUUUUUCCGCCUUAUAAAUGCUACAUCAUUUUAAAAAGUUAGUGGAAUACGUUGCAAGGAAAGCGUUUUAAAUUGGAAUGCAAUGAAGAUUUCGUUCCUGCGUUCCGCUGUCUCAUACAUCUUUUCUGUAUUUGCUGUCUUCCGCGACGAAUUGCUGUUCCUUAACUGAACUCGCAUGACUUAAAUGAAAGUGAUUUCGGGAAAUGACUGUAGUAAUUUUUUCUUGCUCACAAUAAUCCACAUUUGAUGCACACUCUAAUUUACGCCAACUUGACGAGCCCGCACAUGCCAACUGCAUAUUUAAAUGAUUGCCUCAUUAACAUCAAUAUUGCUUCGCAUGCUCUUGUGUACACAUGUCUAAGAACCAUCUUUGAAAUGUAUGCUGGGUGCCAUUUUCUUAAUGCCUUGCUUCCACUUAUGAUUCAACAGAAACAAAAUAACAUACAGUAUAAUACCUGUAAUAAAAACUUGAAACAAAUCUAAUGCGGCCAUGCUGCUUUUUAGAGCCUGCUGUUGGUGUUGUUUGCUGAUGUAUCAUAGCAUCGCUCGUUCCGCUUGCUUUAUUCUUGAUGCCUUGGAAGUGUUUUGCUGUAGACUUGAGAUAUUAAAGCCGUCGUGGUACGUAUUUGCAUUU